AUGGAAUCGACAACUUAGAUAUAGGCCGACGAAAAAAAUCAAUAAAUGGUUGAUUUUGGGGAAUCUGAGGCAGGCAUUCAAGAGUUUAUGUCAGCUGAAAACACAUAGAUACCCUGUGUCAUUAAGCACAGAUUUUCCGAUUUUAUUGUGAAUGAAAUUGAUGAAUUUGGAAAUGUAGUGUGGUUCACUCCAGAAACAGAUCUAUAAAAAUGGAGAAAAGGUGCACCAACCAAUGCUGACGGAGAAGUUACAGUAUCUGCCGAGGAGCAAAAGUAGAUGGAGAUUGAAUAGGAAUAGCAAGAGUUAGUAUUUCCUGAUGAAAAAUUAGAGAAACUAAAAAUAUUGAUUCCCGAAAGUGACUAUAUCAGAUUCAUUGACUAUUUGUAGAGAAUCAGAGAGGGUUCCUACGAAAGAACGGAGAUAUUUGUAUUUGAAAAUUCAAUUGAAGAUAAAGCCAAAAGAUCUGCUGUCCAUCAAUUCUUUAAGAAUGAGGCAACAGUAUUUGAAACUGACACUGAUAUGAGUCAAAAGGAUGUGAGAUUAAUCAGAGUUUUUUUGAAAAACGCUUUUAGCGCAAAUAAAAGAAGAAAAAUGAAUAUAAUUGAUAGAAAGCCUUAAGGAAGCGUAGAGGAAUGGCCAUAGUAUUUGAAAGUUGUUGUGCAAAAAACAAACGUCGACACUAUGUAGGCUGUACAUUAUAUCGCAAAGAAACUUAAGAAAUUCGGAAAGAGCUUUUAAGUAGCCGGAAAUAAAGACAAAAGAGGUAUAACAACUCAAAGAAUCACAAUACUGAGAGGAAAUCCUGAAUAGGUUAUUAGAUUUUAAAGAUCAAAAGAUUGGGAUAAAAAGAUUAAAAUUGGAGGCUUUGAAAGAGUAUUAAAGCCAAUUAGACUAGGCUAGCUAAGUGGAAAUAGAUUUUCAGUAGCACUUAGAUUUAUUCCUGAUAAUUUAACUGAUGAAUAAAUUGCUAAAAGAUUUCUUAAUUAUUUUGGAAUGCAAAGAUUUGGAACAUACAAUGUCAGAACUCAUAGAAUUGGAAUUGAAAAUUUGAGAUAAGAUUGGCAAAAGGUUUGUGAGCUCAUCCUCUCUCAACAUCCUGAUGGAGAUGAAGACUCAAAGUUUAGAAAAUAAAAAAUCCUUAAGAUGGUAUUCGAGGAGAAAAACAUUGACUCGGCAUUGAACUACUUAGACAGAAGAGAUGUAAUUUAUUUAUAAUAAUUAUUUCAUUAGAGACUAGAAAAAUCAAUCCUAUGUGCUCUUAAAAAGAGUCCAAACGUGGUUGGAGAUUUGGUUGUAGAACCUGAAAAGAGCAAAGCCAUUGACGAAGCAGAUAAUGGAGAUGAUGCCCUUAUAGAUUAAGUAGAAGUUGACGAGGAUGAAGAUAAUCGCCUUGAGCUUCCUCACUUUGAUAAACUUGACAAGGAGGAAAACAAGAAAAAUAAAGAUUAAAAGCCAAAACUCCACGGUGCCGCCCUGCUUGAAACUCUCCUGAUUGAUGUAACUGAGGAGAAUAUACACAAGUACAAGAUAACUGAUGUAGUAAUGCCAUUGAUUGGUCAUAUGACAAGGUUCCCUGAAAAUAAAGAAUUGAUCUAGAUAAUGUAUGAUUUAAUGAGCAAGGACAAUAUUACCUUAAAUGAUUUUGAGAGAUCUGCUUAGUUAGAUGGAUCUAGUUCAAAUGGCUCAUAUCGUAAGAUUGUAGCCCACGCUUCUGACCUUGAAUACGAUGUUGUAAAGUUCUAAAACACCAAUGAAGAUCUUCUUACUCCUAAUCCUAAUGCAGAAAAAGACCCAGCCCCGGAACUUCAAGCAGAUUAACUAACCCAUAGAGCUUUAAGAAUUAAAAUGAGCUUGAAGUAAAGUAGCUAUGCAACGAUGAUGAUAAGAGAAGUCACUAAGGUAUCGAGUGCUUUCAGUGUCCAAAAUGCACUAAGCAGAGACAAAAAUCAAGCCUGA